AUGUCAUCAGAAAUCGAGCGUUCUGUCGAAGUUUCCGACAUUUUCGCCCUCGAUACGGACCACAAAGCACAGUACGAAGCGUUGGCUAAGCUCUGCAAUAAGUAUUUGCCAGUGAACGCGAAUGGACAAGUGGACACGAAUGAAAUUAUUAAGAUUAUUGAUACAGUAAUCGCCCUGGAGACCGGGAGUAUGGUCGUGUCUCGUCAAUUCGUCUCGUUGAUCACUGAUCGUUUGGAUAACCCGAAUUUGGAGCCAGAAUGCAUUAAAUUGAUUUCAGAGGGAAUUUUAUCGAUUAUCAAGACAAGAACGAUCUCUUAUGAGGAUCAGGUAUGCAUUCUUCGUCUGAUGCUUGCGAGUCUCUACGAAAAAGAAGGACGAAUCAAAGACGCCGCUCAAGCCCUAAUCGCUAUCAACUCGGACACAAGCCCGAAAUUCAAUGGACCACAAGCCACGAAAGAAGGAGCCAAAGCGGCCCUCUGCAUCAGAAUCACGAAGCUACUUCUAGACUGCGGAGAGAUCGACGAAGCUGAGCAAUAUGUGAACAGAACGAGUAUUUUGAUGGUUGAAGUGGCUCCAAAUCCGGAAAUUGUGAUUGAGCAUAAAGCACUUCAAGCGAGAGUCUGUGAUGCGAAGAGAAGAUUCGUCGAGUCCGCACAACGAUAUUAUGAGUUAUCGGUCACUGAACAGCUUCCAAUGUCGGAUAGAAUGACCGCGUUGGGAAAAGCUAUCGUUUGUGUGCUUCUUGCGAAACCGGGACCACAAAGAUCACGACUUCUGACGAUUAUCUUCAAGGAUGAACGUGCUCCGAACUGUCCAUCAUUCGAGAUCAUCGCAAAGAUGUACCUGACGAAAGUUAUUCACAAGGAUGAGUUGGAGGAAUUUGAGUCACAACUCCAGCCACAUCAGAAGGUCGACGAGCAUGGAGAAUCGAUCCUGAAGGGUGUGAUUCAGGAGCACAACAUCACCGCUGUUAGCCAGUUGCAUACUAAUAUCAAGUUCAAAACACUCGGAAUGCUGUUGGGUGUAGAUGAAGAAUCGGCCGAAGCGAUGUCUGGUGAGAUGAUAGCCUCCGAACGUCUCCACGGCUACAUUGACCAAACGAACGGAGUGCUCCACUUCGAAGACGCCAAUCCAAUGCGUGUAUGGGACAAUCAGAUCUUAUCAACCCUGGAACAAGUGAACAAAGUCAGUGAUAUGAUUGUGGCACGCCAUCCGGAUUUCGCCACGUUUUUGUCAUAA